AGCCAAGAACAAAGUCCUUCUCUGAGUUGAGUCCAGGCAGGCUAAGCUGUAGCUGGUACCUUGGUUUCCUAGCUGGGCAUCUCAGCAGUAGUCCCAACCAUGCAGGUGGACUGGGUGCUGCUGUUGUUUUUGGGUCUCAGGAUACAUCUGUCCUUUGGUGUCAUCCCAGUGGAGGAGGAGAACCCGGCCUUCUGGAACCAAAAGGCAAAGGAGGCCCUGGAUGCUGCCAAGAAGCUGCAGCCCAUUCAGACAUCCGCCAAGAACCUCAUCAUCUUCCUGGGAGAUGGGAUGGGGGUGCCCACAGUGACAGCCACCAGGAUCCUAAACGGACAGAUGAAAGGUCAUCUAGGACCUGAGACACCACUAGCCAUGGACCGCUUCCCAUACAUGGCUCUGUCCAAGACAUACAACGUGGACAGACAGGUCCCAGACAGUGCAGGCACAGCCACCGCCUACCUCUGCGGGGUCAAGGCCAACUACAAGACCAUCGGCGUGAGCGCAGCUGCGCGAGUCAGCCAGUGCAACACCACAUUUGGCAACGAGGUCUUCUCGGUCAUGUAUCGGGCAAAGAAAGCAGGGAAGUCUGUGGGGGUGGUGACCACCACCAGGGUGCAGCACGCCUCUCCAGCGGGCACCUACGCGCACACCGUGAACCGCAACUGGUACUCGGAUGCAGAAAUGCCUGCUGAUGCAGUGCGGGAGGGCUGCAAGGACAUCGCCGCCCAACUCAUUUCCAACAUGGACAUCGAUGUGAUCCUCGGUGGAGGCCGCAAGUUCAUGUUUCCCAAGGGGACUCCAGACCCCGAAUACAGUGAGGACCCUAACCAGGCUGGGACCAGGCUGGAUAACCGGGACCUGGUGAAGGAGUGGCUUGCCAACUACCCGGGGGCCAAGUAUGUUUGGAACCUCCCGCAGCUCAUCCAGGCAUCCCAGGACUCAACAGUGACUCACCUCAUGGGCCUCUUUGAGCCGACGGAAAUGAAAUACGACAUCUAUCGAAACGUGUCAGCAGACCCUUCCCUGGUGGAGAUGACAGAAGUGGCCGUGCGCCUGCUGAGCAGGAACCCCCGAGGCUUCUACCUCUUUGUGGAAGGGGGUCGUAUUGACCAAGGCCACCACGAGGGCAUAGCUCACUUGGCACUGACCGAGGCUGUCAUGUUUGACUCUGCCAUCGACAAGGCGGACAAGCUCACCAGUGAGCAGGACACAAUGAUCCUUGUCACCGCUGACCAUUCCCACGUCUUCGCUUUUGGUGGCUACACACAUAGGGGGAGCUCCAUCUUUGGUCUGGCCCCACUCUUGGCUCAAGAUGGCAAAGCCUACACCUCCAUUCUCUAUGGCAAUGGCCCGGGCUACGUACUAGGCAACCGUCCCGAUGUCAACGAAUCUUUGAGUGGUGACCCCAAGUACCGGCAGCAGGCGGCUGUACCCCUCUCAUCAGAGACCCACGGCGGGGAGGACGUGGCCAUCUUCGCGCGCGGCCCGCAGGCGCACCUGGUGCACGGGGUGCACGAGCAGAACUACAUCGCGCACGUCAUGGCCUUCGCGGGCUGCCUGGAGCCCUACACCGACUGCGGCCUGGCGCCCCCUGCGGACCAGAGCGGCGCCGUCACCCCAGGCCACUCCACCACCAGGGAUGAAGUGACAAACAGUGCAGCUGGCCAGGCCACUGUCCUGCUGUCCCUGAAGCUAGUAAUCAGCAUUCUGCUGCUAGCAGGGGCAGUCACGGUGGCGUCCUGAUGGCCAGGUCCCCGUUCAGGGUCCCUCCUCGGAGUCCUGUCACCGCCAUUCAUAAUCUCCCCUGCCGUGUCAGCCCCCUGUUCACAGUUCUCCACCCAAGGUUUUCAUCGCUGAUUUUUUGCACCCCGACUUGGUAGUCUCUUAUCCACACAUUGAGACAUCAGCUCGGCCCACAGCCUUAUAGUUGCUUUAUAACUCUGGGCCUCUGCUGUCUCUGGAGUGGGAGGUACCAAAUGGUACCCGGAAGGCUGCAGUCCAGGGCUGCCACGACUCAUCACACCAUCACCCUUCACAGGGGCCCAUGUAACUUAGCUUUUUGGGUCUUGGCUUGUCCUCAUGCUCUUUCCAUGAACGGGAAACUAAGCAGAAGUCCAGGAGACUGUGGGUCUCAGCAAGCAAGCCAAAGCAACCUGACCUCCAGCUUUGUCCAUCUCAGGCUGCAUACAGAUACCUCACAAAGAAUACUUCCUAACCUUGGGGUCUCCAGUCCCUGAAGAGACAUAACAACAAUAAAAGUGACUGCUAUAUAA